GUGACCACACAAGCCCGGAGUAUUGGCGAGCUGCCCUGCUUUAGAUCCCCAGCGGUUGGACGAGGUUAAUUAGCAUACUAAGUAGGUCCGCCCAGAAGCCUUCACCCUGCCCUCUGACCCUAGCGCCUAGCCGUGGAGGCUCCCUGGGUAGGAGGCAGAGGCCACCCUCGUCACUUCGCCACCGAAUUCCCGGCGCCGCCCAGGGGCAGAGCCAGGCCAGGACCGUCCGCCCAAUCCGGGCCGCCGCUUCUUCGGCCAUGGAAGCCGCCAGCAACCCUGAGGCUGCGGGGACAGGUGACCGACCCACAGCGCCCUUCGCCAUGCAUUCCCCUGUCGCGGGUCUCUGUCCGGAGAGUUGAGUUGGGCGGCCGAGGGCAAUCGGCAUGCGAAUUCGACCUCCCCGCCUUCUUAGAGAGGGCAAGUACAUCGCUUCAACACAGCGACCUGACGGGACCUGGCGCAAGCAGCGGAGGGUGAAAGAAGGCUAUGUGCCACAGGAAGAGGUCCCAGUGUAUGAAAACAAAUAUGUGAAGUUUUUCAAGAGUAAACCAGAACUACCCCCAGGGCUGAGCCCUGAGGCCACUGCUCCUGUCACCCCAUCCAGGCCUGAAGGUGGUGAACCAGGCCUCUCUAAGACAGCCAAACGCAACCUGAAGCGGAAGGAGAAGAGGCGGCAGCAGCAAGAGAAAGGAGAGGCAGAGGCCUUGAGCCGGACUCUUGAGAAGGUGUCCCUGGGAGAGACAGCCCAUUUCCCCAGUGCUCCACAGGGCUCCCGGGCAGCCCCCACAGCUGCCUCUGACCAGCCUGACUCAGCUGCCACCAGUGAGAAAGCCAAGAAGAUAAAGAACAUAAAGAAGAAGCUUCGGCAAGUAGAAGAGCUGCAGCAACGGAUCCAGGCUGGGGAAGUCAGCCAGCCCAGCAAAGAGCAGCUGGAGAAGCUAGCGAGGAGGAGAGCGCUGGAAGAGGAGCUAGAGGACUUGGAGCUAGGCCUCUGAGGCCUUUGGGAAAUAGGGAAUGAACUGCAGAACAAACCAUGGGGUUCUCUGGAGUUGGGGGUAAUGUGGGUGCCGGCAGCCAGGAGGGGUAGCUCCCAUACUGGCACACUUCAAGCUCUUGCAGCCCAACUCUGCCCCCCCAGAGCCUAGCCUCUCCUUCCUUCCUUCCCUUUUCUCCCUAACUUCUACUUUUUGAACUUUCCCUCUUCCAUUCCCAGUGUUCACAAUCUCAGUGACUACCCCAGGUACCUUUGCUGCUGAUUGGGGUGUCUUGUUUAAAAGAAAAUCGGGUGGGUGGGAGAAUCUCUUGGAGAACUGAGGUUGAAGGUAAGGGAGUACGCCCAAGUCUGGGAGUCUUGGUUCCUGUCUACAGUGUUUAUGGGGUUAUUUCCCUCUCCGUCCCUCGCCUUUUUUUUUUUCUUUUUUUUUUAAGAGCCAGAAUAAAUUCAAGUAGACA